ACAUAAACGCAUAUCACAGUUGCAGUAAACAUAAAUAUUAAAAGUAGUUUUUCAAAAAUUAAUAAUCAUGGUUUUGCUUACAAACAAUAUAGUAUAUGACCUCAUUGCCCUCGUCGUAACUCUUUUGGCAGGAACGAUAAUAUAUCUGAAGUGGAACUUCUCGUACUUCGCCAGAAAAGGCUUAUACGCACCUCCCACCACGUUACCUUUCGGAAACUCCAAAAACGUCUUCACAAAACAACAAACGGCCGCCGAGCUGUUCAGAGACAUUUACUUCGACAUAAAAUCCAAAGGACUAAGGCAUGGAGGAGCAUACUUCUUGUUCAAGCCUUUCUACAUUCCAGCCGACCUCGACAUCAUCAAAUCAAUCAUGCAGACGGACUUCCAACACUUCAUAAACCACGGGUUUUACUUUAACGAAACGGGGGACCCAUUAAGCGCAAACUUAUUCACACUAGAAAACGAAAAAUGGAGAAACCUCAGGACCAAGCUGACACCGACGUUCACUUCGGGUAAAUUGAAGAUGAUGUUCAACACGUUGGUUGAAUGUACUAACGGAUUAAAGGGCAUGGUGGACCAACAUUCACAAGACAACACGCCGAUUAACAUCAAAGAAACGUUGCAACGGUUCACGAUCGACAUAAUUGGCUCAGUUGCUUUCGGUAUUGACUGCAACAGUAUGCAGAACCCGGAUUCUGAUUUUGCCAAAUACGGAAGACGUGUUUUCGAAUUAACACCCACCGAAGCUAUUAAGAACAUUGCACAGUUGGCUUUCCCACACAGACUUCUCUUGUGGCUGAAUAUUAAACUUACCAAUGAGGAGAUCUCCUCAUUUUUUAUGGAUGUCGUCAAGAAGACAGUUAAUUACAGAGAAGAGAACAAUAUUUACAGAAAAGACUUCAUGCAUUUGCUCCUGCAGCUGAAAAACCGUGGUAAAGUUUUUGACGAUGAGAAGCUGACAAACGAUGCUGAAGAUGUUAAAGAAAGUGCCUUAACUUUCAACGAACUUGCGGCUCAAGCUUUUGUCUUCUUUAUAGCGGGCUACGAAACUUCUUCUACAGUCAUGACUUUCGCCUUAUUGGAACUUUCAACUCGUCCUGAUCUUCAGAAGAAAAUUAGGGAUGAAAUCCACGAGGUUUUGGAGAAACACGACAACAAACUUACCUAUGAAGCUAUAAAGGACAUGACUUAUUUGGAGCAAGUUAUUCAUGAGUCCCUUAGAAAAUAUCCACCAGGGCCAACCUUAACAAGAGUGUGCAACAAAACAUAUAAAGUACCCGGGUCUGAUGUGGUCAUUGAAAAGGGUACCAUGGUCGCCAUUCCCGUUUUGGGGAUACACAACGAUCCGGAAUUUUAUCCUAAUCCCGAAGUUUUUGAUCCGGAUAGAUUUUCUCCGGAAAAUAAGGCGAAAAGACAUCAAUUUGCGUGGAUACCUUUUGGGGAAGGUCCAAGAGUGUGCAUCGGGCUCAGAUUUGGAACUUUACAAGCCAAAGUUGGUUUGGUGACGAUUCUUAAGAACUAUAAAAUAUCUCUUAACAAUAAAACUGCCACUCCCAUUAAAUUUGACAAACAAUCUUUUGGUGUCUUAGCUGUUGAGGGAAACGUGUGGCUUAACGUUGAAAAAUGUAAAUAAUGGUGAUUAUUGAUGUAAUAAUUAUAUUAAAUAUACUAUAAUACAUUCGUACUAUUUAUAUUUAAAAUUUUUCGAAAUAAUGAUCUUUGCUAAAUUUAUUUUUAUUAUGAAAGUUGAUCAAUACUAAACAUUCUUUAAUUGUCAAAAGAUAUGUCUAGACAUAAAAUAGAAAUAAU